AAAAAACAGUAUUAAAUCUUUGCAAAGAAAUUUUAAAUUAGAAAACAGUAAAGUUUUUAUUACACGUUUACUUUUAUCAUCAAAAAGUUAACACAGAACAUGGGGGAACGUUAUAACAUUCAUAGUCAGUUGGAACAUUUGCAAUCAAAAUACAUUGGCACAGGCCACGCUGAUACUACCAAAUUUGAAUGGCUUGUAAAUCAGCAUCGUGAUUCCUGUAGUUCUUACAUGGGACAUUAUGAUCUGUUAAAUUUUUUUGCUAUUGCGGAAAACGAAGCAAAAGCACGUGUUCGAUUUAAUCUUAUGGAGAAAAUGUUGCAGCCUUGUGGUCCACCACCAGAAAAACCAGAAGAUUAAAUAGUUCAUCCAAAAACGUUUUAUAUAUGUGCUGUAAAAUCUGUA